CAUAUUUCCAAAUUAUUAUCCCGGCCGGUAUUCUCAGUUUCGCACAGUCUCAUCAUCCGUAGCCUGCUGCACAAUGAGCGGGCCCUUCAAGCGUCGUUCGUCCCUCAAAGCCCUUCCUGCACUAGGUCCUGCGAUCAGGAGGACCUCCAUUAGGCGGCAAUCGUCAGUGGGGUUGCCCGGAAGGAUCACCAGCUCUUCGGCGCCUCAGGAAGUGCCAUGGGACGUCUUGGACAGGUGUCUGUUGCCGGUGGCUUUCUGCCAUGGGGCUGCGUUUACCCUGAGCACGGUGCUGAACGCACUGCAGAUCUCUCAAGUGACCACGUUUACGUUGUUCGUGAUAUUUACCAUAGUCGUACUAGGAUUAGUGUUUUUCUAUCAUAACUUGAAGAUAACGGCCGCCGGCAAAGCCGUCCUGAUUACCGGCUGCGAUUCCCGUGUGGGCAGCGCCCUCGCCCGCCACCUGGACGAACAAGGCUUCACGGUAUACGCCGGCUUCCAGGAAGCUGAAGACAACGCCCUCGCCGAAGAACUGAAGGAAAUCUGUUCGGCGCGCCUGCACAUCCUGCAGCUAGAUGUCACCAACGAGACGCAGAUAUUGGCCGCGUCGCUGAGCAUCGUGGAGAGUCUGCCAGAUGGCGCCUCUGGAUUGUGGGCAGUGGUGCACGCCGCAUCUUGGGUCGCUUUGGGGGAAAUUGAGUGGAUACCGCCACAGGUGAUCAAAAAAGCUACCGAAAUCAACUUCUUGGGACCCACAAGAGUGACACAAAUUAUGUUGCCCUUAGUGCGCAGAGCUAGAGGAAGGAUAGUGUACUUAACAUCAGGUCUUUGCAGAGUUGCGUCGCCAGUUAGAGGAAUCCAUUGUGGACUUUUAGCAGCCAUUGAGUCACAAGCUGAAUGUCUAAGACAAGAAUUGAGAUCUAGAAAUGUCAAUGUUGUCAUUGUGGCACCAGGCGAUAUAACUUCCGGCAACACCUGGAUUUCGGACGAGAUCAUCCUCAGUCAGGCCAAAGAUAUGUGGAGGCAACUAUGCCAGGAACAACGUUUGGAAUAUGGCGAAAAAUAUUUCGAGACGGCCAUCAGAAGCUUGGAGAAAUACUCAAAAAUACCGGAGGCUGACCUAGCACCAGUACUGAGAGCCCUCAAUGACGCAGUAAUCCGCACCUUCCCUCUAAUCAAGUACACCCCCGUGUCCAGGAAGGAGAAAAUCAAGUCAUUCAUCGCCGAACAUUGUCCAAGAGCCAUUUACGACAUUUUCUAUGCUUAAAAUUGGAUAAAUAUCGAACGAAACCUGAAUUUUUAUGGUGUCAAACACUUCGACCAUUUUUUUUCUAAAGGUAUUAAGUUUUUUUCAAAAUGAUUUUUUCGAUAUAUAUUUAGAUAUAAAUUUCUAUUUGAAAUAGAAGACAAUGCAAUCAAUCGACUUACAUAGAUAUCUAUAUACUAAAAUAAAUAUAAAAUAAACUUUAUAAAAAUAAUUGAAGUCAAAUAAGAAUACAAAAAAGAAUAUAUAAAUAUAAGAAAAUAAAAGAACCAAGCAAACGACCACUGUGUGAUGAUUUCACGACAGUAUCGUAUAAUCGAAAAACAAAACGGCGUAAAGUUCUCUUGGAAAUAACGAUCGAUAUAAUUAUACAUAUAAAAUGGCAGCGAUUUUCAUUUCGAAACCAACUCUGACGCCGUUUUUUUUUCGAUCAUAAGGACCUAAGAUGUUUUACUAUCAUCACAGUAUAUACAAUAUAAAGAUCUGGGAUUAUAUCCAAUAAUAUUUAUAAGAAACAACUUUUUAUGAAUAAUUUUGACAAUCAUAAUUCAAAGAUUGGGAUCAAAUAAAGAAGUUAAAAAUUGUAAAUAUCACAAAAGCUUUACUUAAAGAUUUUAUAUAGGUUUUAUUUAAUCUAAAAUCUCUGGUUAAACUUAAGCUCAUACUUCAUACUUCAGAAGUCUAUGCAUAUAUACAGGUUGUUAACUCGACAGUUACUUAUAGGGGAACAGAAUGGCAACACUGCCUAUUGAGAAUGCAUGCAUUAUUGAUUUUUCUGCCGACUCGUCCCAUCGCGUCGUCUAUCGACGAGCGGGCCGAGGUUGCCAUAUUUCAACCAUAAAGCUCUUGCCGCGAGUAAUGAACAAAUUAUCAACCUGUAUACGGUAUGAUGGACUCAAAAACGAUGUCGUAUUAAGGUGCGUAUUCAUUAUCCGAACGAACGAACGAACGAAUGAAAGUGCGGUAUAUUUAGACGGGGACCGAACGCAUGCGGCCGUUCGUUCGUUCGUUCGCUCGACCAUCCGUUU